UUUACUCGGCAUCGUUGUCUUCGCCACAAGUCAGAAGCAGAAUGUCAAAACUCCUAGAUUUACCAUCAAGGAAGGUGUUUGUCAGUGAUCUGAGGACAUGCCAAAGAAUUCAAUCUGAAGAUUCAGAUCAGACAAAGAAGACGAAAACAUGGCAGAUGAACUGCCAUGGGCGACAAUUACAGCUCUCAGUAGUCUGGAUACAGGGAACAGUUACUGAGGUUGAUGACAGAAGUGAUGUUGUCCUGGUAGAUGAUAGCACUGGAACAGCAAAGAUCCUAGGUUGCAGCAAAAUUCCAUUCCUUUGGGAAAAGAUAAAGAUUGGUCAAUAUGUGAUGGUGAUUGGUCAACUGGCCAAUGCAGAGUCAAUUCCUCAGCUGCGUGCUAUUAAGGUCCAGAACCUCAGCCAUAUGUUGGAGACGGAAGAAAGUUGGUCUUUGGAGGUAGCAGACCAAAUGAUGUUGGUCACCUGAGAUCAAAAUUAUCAUUACCAUGAUGAGGUCACGAGAAGCUGUGAUGAUUGGCAAGAACCGUAUCAGAAUCACUUCAAUACAGCUGACAAUGUACAGAAGUUUGGGCAGCACUGACUCUGUGAAUUGCAGUCUCAAGAUUACUGAUGGUAGAGUUCUAUCAGAAGCUUCAGAUCAAUGAUCAAACAAGAACUGUCCAAUGAUCAAACAAGAACUGUCCAAUGAUCAAACAAGAACUGUCCAAUGAUCAAACAAGAACCGUCCAAUGAUCACUUGGGUUUUGAGAGACUUAUGAAAAUGUUAGUCAUUACCAUGACCUGACUGUUCAAAACCACAAGUCAGGAAUUCGUAAUGUAGAGGAAAACAACCAACACUCUGUCUGGUAACAAUAAAAUGACACUAUUUUCUUGUCCAUAUCAAAUCUGUUAAUACAAGAUGUACUGUUCCUACUUAAUGUUUUAAUGCUAUGAAAUCUAGUGCAAAUUGUAUUGUAACUGUGGUAACAAAGCUCUUCACAACAGGAUUUUAUCUGUAUUAUAGACACCACUUGGGUAUAGGGAGGGAACAAUAGUAAAAAACCACUUAUUCUGUGUGCCAGUGAUAACCUUGUGUACAAGGUGUGAACCAAUGGACAGUUUCAAUUCAUAUUCACAUCAUAACAUCACCAUAUAAGAUCUAUUGCUUGUAGAUUUUGGUGGUCAUCGAUGAAGGCUAAAAGUCAAAUGACAGGGGUGUUGACCACUUUUGAAAGAAAACUUUCUGUACAAGAUAUCUCCUGAACCCCUUAUUAGCUGAGCAGUAGAUUUAGAUAAGAAGAAAAUGAUCAGGAAGUGAAGGUAUAUUGUUAUGAGCCCUUGCUUACUUUGUUUUAACUCAUUCUUAUCUGAUGGCUCAAUAUCAACAGGUUUUGGUCCUGACUUUAUUAUCCACAUUCUAUCAUAUAAAGUAUACUAAUGUACCUUGAGAAGGCAGGAUCUCUUGUCUUAUGUGUAGUAAAAAUAGGGAGUUAUGGCCCCUUCAUUUUUAAUACCAAAGAUUGGUAGUGAAAUUUUGAAUGUAAAUUAAAUCCAGGAAAUGUCCAAAUGGGAGUGGUUAAGCUGUUAAGCUAUAUGGUAUUAUAAAACUAUCAGGCAUACUUACUGGUAGUAAGAAACCUGAUACGAUUACCAUGAAGUAAUCAAGAGAGUCAUUUCCUAUUUGACCAAAAGUCAAGUUUCGUCCAUUAGCUCAUUUGUAAUCAUUCACACCUGGUAAAC